AUGGUGCCAGUAAGAGUAAAGGCUAAAAGCAGUGACAAGUUUGUAGAGACAUACGCCUUCUUGGAUUCGGGUAGCACUGCAACGUAUUGUUCAGACCGAGUGCUGCAUUUACUUGGAAUCGUGGGAAAGAAGACCAUUCUGAACCUAAGUACUCUCGGAAACAAGCAGAAACAAACCACUAGAGAGGUAAGGGGCUUGGAGAUCAGCUCCCUGGAUGGAGAGCACACAAUAGAGCUCCCACCGGUAUUUACUCAGCCGUCUCUGCCAUUAUCAAGAGCAGAUGUCCCAAGUGAGGAAGAUGUCACCGGAUGGCCUCACUAUAGAGACCUAGAGCUCGAAAGGAUAGACAGUGAAGUGGACCUAUUAAUAGGGGUAAACGUACCCAAGGCAAUGGAACCAUGGGACAUUAUUGCUGGUAAAGACGGUGGUCCUUUUGCAAUAAAGACCAUCUUCGGUUGGGUUGUUAACGGACCACUAGAAGUCUCUGGAGAAGACACAGAAAGUUUCGCACAGGCACACUUCAUCAAAGGAUCUGCGUCAUUAGAAGAGCAGGUUAGAGACCACUUCAAUAAAAACUUUCCCGAAAGAAGUAUUGACGACAAACUCGAAAAUUCAAAAGAAGAUUGUCAGUUUAUGGAAUCCAUGAAACAGUCGCACAAGCAGAAUGACCACUUCUUUGUAAAUUUGCCAUUUAAACACCAAUGUGUAGCUUUGCCAAACAACAAAAAACAAGCAGAGCAAAGGCUGACCAUGCUGUUAAAGCGAUUUGUUAAAGAUGCACGAUUUCGAGAAGCGUACAACGAUUUCAUGAACAAGGUCAUUGAAAAGGGGUAUGCUCAUAGGGUUUCACCGGACGACAAGCCUGAAGAUGGUAAGGUCUGGUACCUGCCUCACCAUGGUGUAUUCCACCCAAAGAAAAACAAAAUCCGAGUAGUGUUUGACUGCGCUGCACGUUACGGAGGGACAUCCCUGAAUGACCAGCUCUUGCAAGGUUCAAACUUGACGAAUACACUAGUCGGCACCUUAACCAGAUUUAGACAGGAUGAAGUCGCAGUUAUGGGGGACAUAGAAAGUAUGUUCUACCAAGUCCAUGUGUCCCCUAGCGACAGAAAUUUCCAGAGGUUCCUUUGGUGGCCAAAGGGCGACACAAGUGCAAAACCAGUGGAGUUUCAAAUAGUCGUGCAUUUGUUUGGAUCAACAUCAUCUCCAAUUAUUAUAUGCCAAUUAUGCUCUGCGGCAAACCGCGGAAGAAGCGAGAGGAAAGUUCAAUGAUGAGGUUGUUAACACUGUGCUGAGGAACAUGUAUGUGGACGAUUGCCUGAAAUCCGUAAAAACAGAAGAUCAGGCGAUAUCACUGGUUAAAGAUUUGCAAGCGGUCCUCAAAGGAGGAGGGUUCCACAUAUCGAAAUG